UAAAGACAGCCAUAUUGAAGGUGUUGCAACUCGCUAUACAGUCCUACACGCCGCUCUCCCAACUCAUAUUUGAGAACUAGCUUCUAAGGUUACCUUUCAGAAGUGUCAAUCUUUGGGAUGAGUUGCAAACGCAAACAAAAUGACAGAACAUCACCUAGCGAUGUUAAAAAGGAGAAACACUGGCAUGUUAAUAUCAACAACUCUCUUCUGGACGCAUCAACCAAGACUGCAUUGCAGAAAGCGUGGAAGGAACGCACGAGUUGCAGACACGGGUAUGUUGAGUUGGACUGCAAUCCAUUCCCUCACUGUGUGAUUAAUCAGUUCCUCUCCACUGAAGAUUUUGUGUUCAACCUGGAGAAGGAGCUAUCUCAGCUAAACUUCCACAGCAAGAGUAAUGAUCUCUACAAAUUCACACAGUCUGCUGAUUUAAACGACAGGAUGGAGCCAUGUAUCACAGAGUUGAGGUUGGUGUUGUUAGGCCAAUUCCGCACCUGGUUAAGUGAGUUGUUGGAUGUGGAGCUAGAGCCAACUGUGGACAUUUUCUGUGCCAAAUAUCAACACACAGAUGUAUUAUUGUGUCAUGAUGACGAGUUAGAAGGCAGAAGAGUGGCCUUUAUUCUAUACUUGGUACCACCAUGGGAACUUUGUGAUGGUGGAACAUUAGAUCUGUUCUGCACUGAUGAACAUGGGCAGCCACAAUGUGUAGUGAAAUCUCUUGUCCCCAGCCGGAAUACACUGGUAUUCUUUGAAGUAUCUCCCGUGUCAUUUCAUCAGGUUUCAGAAGUCUUGUCAUCCGAAAAGUGCCGUAUGUCCUUGAGUGGCUGGUUUCAUGGACCCUCUCUUCCAAGAUUUCCUCAGUACAUUGAACCUCCUGCCCUUCGUCACAAAUAUACCCCGGGUGAUGAGAAAAUGCUGCAUAAGUGGAUCAAUCAGGAAUACAUGAAAGAUCGUUACCAGAUUCAAGUCCAGCAGGAAUUUCAGGAGAACUCAGAGAUUUGUUUAUCAAACUUUUUACAGAAGGAGAAGUUUCAAGAAGUAAGAGCUGCUCUGCAGUUAGCUGAGAUUCAGUGGCUGACAAAAGGUCCAGCUAACAAGAGGCACUAUGAAUAUGCUGAAUUGUGCUCGCUGCCUCAGUGUGUACAAGAGUGUUGGAAGCUGUUCUCUUCUGAGGAUUUCUACCUGCUGCUGUCUAACCUCAGUGGAUUAAAACUACAUCCACUGGCCAAAGACAAUGACAGUAGUGAUGAUUCAGAAGAUGAUGAGGAAGGAACUGCGAGAAGACAAGAUUGUGAGGACAAGAAAGGACUAAAGAGGAGUACAGAUGGAACCUCGGCAGCCUGUGUAGGUGAAGUAAGGAGAUGGAGACAUGGCUCAUACACCCUACUUCAUGACUCUGAGAGUAGCAGGGAGUUUGGGCUGGACCUGCUUCUCACCCUUGGAUGCUUUGGUAACAUUGCACUUAUGCGCUGGCAGCAGGAUUCGGGGGGUUUCACUUCCUACAUUGCUCAUGGAGAAGAUGAGGAGCUCUUGACAGUGAUUCCUGAGGACAACUCUCUGGCAUUGGUCUACAGGGACACAGAUACUCUGAAGUUUGUCAAAUAUGUUAAUGACAGAAGCUCUUCCCACAACCACCAGGAGCCACCAGGAACGUUUUAUGACUUCUCAUUUGUUUAUUAUGAGUAAAUAUGAUGUUGAAAUAAUGGUUUGAAAUGUUGCUCAUUUCAAGUAUUAAUGGUCAACUAGUGAGGUAUAAAAUGUCUGGACUUUGUACUCGCAAACAUCCUCCAUUCUGUAUCUCCCAUACUGUUUGCCCUUAGUCAAAGCAGAUAUAAAGUUGUUUAAUGUAAUGUAUGUCCAGUUCAAACUGAAGUAGCCAUACUGCAUUUAGUGCUUUGAACUCAGACACCACUUUGCCACAUUGUAAUGUUGUACAUAAAAGCAGUCCCCUAUUCCAUUUA